AUGGGUAACUGCUGGAGCUACAGUAACCUCUGUAGUGGCCAUGGAAGCAGCACUUUGCUCCCUCAUACCAUCAUCAAUGAAUUUCCAGAGUACGGCACCGUAGAGCCAAGCGAAGAUGUGCUGAGGGCUUCAUUGCCACACCAGGCAGAGCCUGUGACACGCAGUCCAGAAAGACAGGACGGUCACCACCGGGUACCUGGCAGGCCCCUUCCUCAGCGUGCAGCUCCUGCAGACAAUUCGAGACCUGACGCGGGGGCAGCGCAGCUGCGCGCCCCAGAAGAAGGUUUGCAACCUGCGGGUAACCUGCCAGAGAUUAUGAAAAUCUCUCGACGGCUGGAAGCAACAAAGGUGCAAGAGAGAGCAAAUACUUCUCUUGAUUCAGAGACGCAAAUGGAAAAAAAGAGCGUUACUGGCAGCCAAAAUGUGCAGGCAGCCAGAGAACCGGUUCCAGCAGGCCAAGAAAAACCCUCAGACAUGCCUCUUCCAUCUGAACGAACAGCUGAGGAAAAAAUGCAUUUGAUUGUAGAGAAAGAUCUGGCUGCAAUAUGGACUGGGGAAAAGCAGUCCGAGUCCUUGCAAGCCAUCAGUAAUAAAGCCGAGGAGGUCCACGCAGUGCAGGAGACAAGCUGUCAUAGACCAUCUGUGCCAAACCUGGAAGCAGCCAGCAGAGUGGAGGGGUGGGCGCAUUUUGAGGAGUUUUCAGCGUACAGUCAAGGCAAAAUGCAAAUGGGUCCUGAGAGGAGGCUCUCUAAAGAGGCAGCUGUGAGCAAACAUGUAGAAUUUCAAGGGGUGGAGAUUUUAUGGCUGCAAAAAGCCGAGGAGCAGAGAAGAAAGAAGCACUCACUGCUGGAGACUGUUUCCGUGGAGAGAAAGGCGUUCCCCAAAACGUCCAGCCACCCUGUGCCACCGAUGGUCUCCCCAGGGUUGGUCUCCUCACCAGACAGCGCUUGGAGCGAGGUCUGUGAGGUCCCGAGGCUGGGACCCACUGCCUCUGGAGCAACUCCUCUGGCGCUGCUUGAUGAAAGUGAGGAGGAUGAGGUUUUUGUAAAGGACAAGAAGAAUCACGGCAAGGAGGAGGCGGCUGUGCUAGCGAGAGGCCAGGGCAGGAUGAUGGAGGAGGGUGAAGCAGCCACAGGAGGAUAUGAAGAUGUCUUUGGGCAGAGGCACUCCGACGUCUCCACUGAUCUGUACAGCUCGCAGUUCGAAAACAUCCUAGACAAUGCAUCUUUAUACUACAGCGCGGAGUCGCUGGAGACGUUGUACUCGGAGCCUGAUAGCUACUUCAGCUUUGAGAUGCCACUCACUCCCAUGAUCCAGCAGCGCAUGAAGGAGGGCGGCCAGUUUUUAGAUCGGACGUCAGCCUCGGGGCAGCCAGAUGUCCUGCAGCUUCCCCCUGACGGGGAGGUGAAGGGCUGCAGUGAAGGCAUUGCCAAUGGCUUAAGGGAUGUAAGCGAAACACUCUUCAGAGGAGACGUCACUGAAGUCCCUCGUUUGGAAAGGAAUGCUGAACUGCAGAACAUGGUGUUAGGCUCCAGUGCUGCCAUGGGGAGCAAUGAACUUCAGGAGAAAGAUGCCACUGGAGCCCUUGGCCAUGAUCUCAGCAAUGGUAGCAGCAGCAAUUUGGAAGCAGCCAGGCGCCUGGCUAAGCGCCUCUACCAUCUGGACAGAUUCAAACGCUCUGAUGUGGCAAAGCAUUUGGGUAAAAACAAUGAAUUCAGCAAGCUUGUGGCCGAAGAAUACCUUAAGUUUUUUGACUUCACAGGCAUGACGCUGGACUACUCACUCAGGAGUUUCUUUAAAGCCUUUUCACUUAUCGGAGAAACUCAGGAACGAGAGAGAGUUUUAAUCCACUUCUCCAGCAGAUACUACCAGUGCAACCCAAACACCAUUUCUUCUCAAGAUGGAGUUCACUGUCUCACGUGUGCCAUGAUGCUGCUGAAUACAGACCUGCAUGGCCAUAACAUUGGGAAAAAGAUGACCUGCCAAGAGUUCAUUGCUAACCUCCAGGGGAUGAACGAUGGCAAAGACUUCCCGAAAGGGCUGUUGAAGGCCCUCUACAAUUCAAUCAAGAAUGAGAAGCUGGAAUGGGCAGUGGAUGAAGAAGAGAAAAAAAAGUCUCACUCAGAUGGUACAGAUGAAAAGGAUAACGGGAGCCAGACAAAGGCUGUCAGUCGAAUUGGUAACUCAAAUAACCCAUUCCUGGACAUCCCUCAUGACCCCAAUGCUGCUGUGUAUAAAACUGGAUUUCUGGCUCGGAAAAUCCAUGCAGAUAUGGAUGGAAAGAAAACUCCCCGGGGAAAGCGAGGCUGGAAAACCUUUUAUGCUGUGCUGAAGGGAACAGUCCUGUACUUGCAGAAGGAUGAAUAUAAGCCAGAAAAGGCUUUGUCGGAAGAAGAUCUGAAGAAUGCAGUUAGUGUGCAUCAUGCGCUGGCAUCCAAGGCAACAGACUAUGAGAAGAAACCCAAUGUCCUCAAGCUUAAAACAGCAGAUUGGAGGGUCCUGCUUUUCCAAGCCCAGAGCCAAGAAGAAAUGCAGACCUGGAUCAACAAGAUUAACUGUGUGGCUGCCGUCUUCUCCGCACCGCCAUUUCCAGCAGCAAUUGGCUCUCAGAAGAAGUUCAGUCGCCCUCUCCUGCCAGCCACCACAACGAAGCUAUCUCAGGAUGAACAGCUGAAGUCCCAUGAAACUAAGCUGAAGCAGAUCUCCACUGAGCUUGCCGAACAUCGCUCCUAUCCUCCUGACAAGAAGCUCAAAGGCAAGGAAGUAGAUGAUUACAAACUGAAGGACCACUAUCUGGAGUUUGAGAAAAAUCGCUAUGAGAUUUAUGUUGGCCUCCUGAAAGAAGGGGUGAAGGAGCUGCUGAGUGGAGGAGAGAACGAUGCGCCAGGACUGAAGAAAUCCCAUUCGAGUCCCUCAUUGAAUCAGGAGUCUCCAGUUAGUGCCAAGGUGAAACGCAAUGUCUCGGAGAGGAAGGACUACAGGCCAGAAACACCCAGCAUUAAGCAGAAGGUCACUUAGGUUGGAAAUGACAACUAGGGGAACAGCCAUGCAGCAAAGUACCGGUGGUCAAAAUUUUUUCAUUUACUAACCUGUCAUUCACAAAAAAUAAGUGCAUCUGCCUGAAUGGGGUGUUAGUGACAUUUUCUAUUGUAUAUUUUGCUGUUUCUGUGCAGAUUGUGGGAGAUGUCUUUGCUCCUGCUUUGCUUUGCUUUGUUAAUUUAUCAUUUAGCAAUUGAAGCAUCGGGACUUUUUUGUGUUGUUCUGUUUCUAAAGGAGCUGGGGGAGGGGUAGAGCGCUGUGAUGUAUAUUCCGUCUCUUCCCCGUUUAUCUCCUCCCAUCGGCACGUGGCUUUCAUCUCUCAAGUCACUUGUCACUUUAUUUACGUGGUGGGUGGGAAAAGUAACUGGACAAAUGCUGCAGUGCUGUGAAUGCGAGCUGUAGCUGUGAGAAAAGCUGUGCAAACGGGCAGCUGCAGAAGGCUGGCUAGAGCCUAGGGUGCUGGGAACACUGGUUUCCUGACAACGCAGAGUGUGUUGGUACUGGUACUUAGCAGCGGGUGCUACAGUAAAUAGUCACUGUUGCUUAUCAU